CGAGCAGACUUUCAAAACGUGUCAGAUCAGCUAAAAAUAAUAAGUUGUGACUUAAUUUUAGAGAGCAAAUGCUAUUUAGUAACAGUGGAGCUAAUUGGCCACCAUUUAUCAUUUAGUGCAAAGUCAGAUAACAUUUAAAGGUUAUAUUCAUACUUCACAUUCAGCCUUACUUUGGAGUCUCAAUAGUCAAAUGAUACUUUUUCUAAAACUCAUUUUUGGCAUUUUACUGGUCAAGAAAAAAACAUGAUACAAGAAAGCCAACAAGGUAGCACUAUUUACAGGUUCAGUAAAAUGAUCCAAAUAUAGUGAUUAAUUUCACAUGGGACCCCUGAAUUGAAAGUGAGUAGUCAUUCAGUAGCCCAUCCAAAAAGGGGUCCAAAAGACUCACGUCCCACCAAAACUAGCCACACGACACAAGAAACAACAACACAAUCAUAAAACCUUCCAAAUAAAAAAAAAAAUAGUAAAUAAAUAAAAGAUUGAAUGAAAAGACCAAGUAGAAUGGUUUAAAAGAAAAGGAGAAAAAGAUCGUGUAGAUUCUAGGGAUGGAGAGUCACCCACCCCAAUUAGACAAAUCGCACAUGAUUACAAUAACCCAUUCAUUCACAACCAGCUGCCGUCGCCUUCACGAGUCCUUCAUUUUAGCCUUGCCUUUCACUUUGACUUUCUCACUCUUUCAAAUCACAUAAAUUUCUCUACUAGUAACCACUCUUUGUAUGUAUGUGUCUAUAUAUAAAGAGAGAGAGAGUAGAUUUGUUGACCAAACCACGCAAAUGCAGGGAAUGGGAUCAUAAAGACCCGCAAUUUAAUCGCUCAAGGCUCAAACAAAGACUUCAAUCUCACGUAAGCCUUUUUUUUCCUUUCUUGGUUAUAUAAAAAAGAAAAACUCUCAAGUAAACUAGACGAAGGUUCGUCACUUAAACUUAAGGUCAUAUUUCAUUACUACUAAAUAAGAAAGAAGAGAGAAAAAAGAUUAGGCUCAAAUGGUAAGCCCCGUUGGUGAGGGUGACUCGCUCCCGACUCAAUCCCACGACCCUCUGAGUCGACUCGUCCAAAGCAUUUUCUCUUACAACAGCAAUGUCAUGCUGGCAGCUCUAGUCUCCUUGCUCUUAGUAAUCGUUUUCGUCUUGCUUCUCCAUGUAUACGCCAAAUGGUUCUUGGCCCAGGCCCACCACCAUCACCGGCGGCGGAACAGGCCCAUCACCACCGUCUCACGCGUUCUCGGCCCAUCUCGUUUUCACAGCUUUCCUCCUUUCAAUUUUGAUCUCUCUUCCACAACAUUCCAACAUUCCAAAGGUCUCGACCCUUCUAUAAUUUCCUCCAUACCCUUGUUCGUCCACAAGGUCAAUCCCAACUCCACCGCCGCCGUUGAUCUCGAUGGUCUUGAGCUCGAGUGCGUCAUCUGUCUGAGCGGCUUCGAAGACGGAGAAGUCGGCCGUAAAUUACCUAAAUGCAGCCAUGAAUUCCACUUAGAAUGCAUCGACAUGUGGUUAGGAUCUCACUCGAAUUGCCCAAUUUGCAGAGCUCCGGUAGUCUGCGAAGAAAAGGCCGCUGCCGCUGCGGCAACUGUCAAUUCCAGCAACGGCCAAGCUAAUUCAACGGAAGCUUCGCCGAAUCCAGCAACGGCAGAUUCAGUCGUGGUUGAUGUAUUGGUUACUCCGGUUGAUUCUGAAAUGCCCGAUUGUUCUUCGCCAUCUUCGUCUUCUCCAUCUUCAUUUGGAUGCUCUCUAAAGAGAAUGCUGAGCAGGAAUAGGUCGGAGAACAAGGUUUUUCCGGCAUCCACAGUGAAUGAGAGUAAUCAAGUAUAACUAGCUAUGAAAAAAAUUGCUCUGUUUCAAUGUAAUGUUCAUAUGUAGCUUCUUCUUUUUCUAUUUUUUUAGUAAACCAUUUAAUUUAUGUACAAAAUAGUUUUUCUUUUCUUUCUUGUGGGUUUCUCGUGAUUGAGUAACAUUUUCAAUAUUACUUAUCUAAAA